AUGCUGUCCACCUCCGUGAGGGCCUUCCGGGCCGGAGCCCGCCGAUGCGCCCGACUGCCCAAGCCUCAGACCGCUGCCCCCCGUGUGGUUGCCAGCGCGCGACUUGCCGAAUGCUCCCGCCGCGCCCUCUCCACCUCGACCAAGCAGCUUACCGAUCUCAGCACUCGCGGCAUAGUCAUCCAGACGCUGAGCAGCGUGGGGUCCAAGAGGGAGGUCCAGCAGUACCUGUCGCACUUCACAUCCGUCUCGUCGCAGCGCUUCGCCGUGAUCAAGGUUGGAGGUGCUAUCCUGACCGACUACCUGGACGAGCUGUGCAAUAGUCUGGCGUUCCUCUACCAUGUCGGUCUCUACCCUGUCGUCGUUCACGGCGCAGGGCCACAACUCAACAAGCUUCUGGAGGACGCUGGGGUCGAGCCACAGUUCGAGGAGGGCAUCCGGAUCACGGACCACAAGACCCUCGCCGUCGCGCGGAAGCUGUUCCUCGAGGAGAACCAGAAGCUUACCAACCGGCUGGAGGAGAUGGGUGUCCACGUCCGCCCCAUCACCAACGGCGUGCUCGAGGCAGACUACCUGAACAAGGAGAAGUGGAACCUGGUCGGCAAGAUCACCAACGUGAACAAGGACCUGAUCGAGCAGGCUAUCAACCACCGCUGCCUCCCUGUCCUGACCUCCCUGGCCUACACCCCCGAAGGCCAGUGCCUCAACGUCAACGCCGAUGUCGCGGCCGCCGAGCUUGCCCGCGCCCUGGAGCCAUUGAAGGUGGUCUACCUGUCGGAGAAGGGUGGUCUCUUCGACGGAGAGGGUGGCAAGAUCUCUGCAAUCAACCUGGAUGAGGAAUUCGAGUACUACAUGUCACAGGCGUGGUGCAAGUACGGAACUCGCCUUAAGAUCAGGGAGAUCAAGGAACUGCUGGACACGCUGCCCCGUUCGUCAUCCGUCGCCAUCAUCCACCCCCAGGACCUGCAGAAGGAGCUGUUCACGGACUCUGGUGCCGGUACACUCAUCCGGAGGGGCAACAAGCUGUUUGCGUCCACGAGCCUGCGGGAGUUCAGCGACGUCGAAAAGCUCAAGGAGGUGCUCAUCCGGGACAGGGAGGGGCCCAACGCGCGGCAGACUGUUGACACCUACAUUGAGUUCUUGAAGGAGAACCCCUUCAAGGCUUACUACGACGAAGCCCUGAGGGCGCUGGCUAUUGUCCUGCCACCGAGCGAAUCCCGCCCCCUGGCGACCCUGGCGACGCUCACCAUCACCAAGUCUGGCUGGCUGAGCAACAUUGCCGACAAUCUCUUCACCGCCAUCAAGAAGGACUUUCCGAAGCUAGUCUGGACUGUUAGGGAGCAUGACGAGAACCUGACAUGGUUCUGGGACAAGGCCGAUGGAAGCUUGUCUGUCAACGGCGAUGUAAUGUUCUGGUGCGGUAUCGAGGACGGUAACGAGGUCAUCAACGUAAUGAAGGACUUCGAGACGCACGGUCGGGCGAUGCUGGGCGACUCCAACCUCGAGGCUCGGAUGCAGCGGGCCGCCAUCAACGCUGGUGCCACCUCCGCACCUAAGUCCGGUGCGCGACAAGCUCGGGGCUUCUCUACGAUGACCAGGCCUCGUUCGUGGCAGACCAAGACGGCCGGCCAGUCCCGAGGCUUUGCGACGACCACCAACCCCAACCCACCACUGGGCAAGAGGAACAAGACGAGGGAUGGGCCGGCAAAGGUGGCUCUGAUUGGUGCUCGUGGGUACACGGGCCAAGCGCUGAUCUCGCUUCUCAACUCUCACCCUAACAUGGAGCUGUCGUACGUGUCGUCUCGUGAACUGGCAGGAACACCGCUGGAAGGAUACGACAAGGCCCAGGUCACAUAUGUCAACCUCAGCCCCGACGAUGUGCGGGAGAAGGAGAGGGCUGGCGAGAUUGACUGCUGGGUCAUGGCGCUGCCAAACGGUGUCUGCAAGCCCUACGUUGAGGCCGUCCACGAGGGCCGCAAGUCAUCCAGCCACAAGAGUGUCAUUGUCGACCUGUCCGCCGACUACCGAUUCGACAACUCAUGGACGUAUGGCCUUCCCGAGCUCGUGCCCCGGCAAAGGAUCCACGAUGCGAUCGACAUCUCCAACCCCGGCUGCUACGCAACCGGAGCCCAGCUCGGCCUCGCGCCCUUGGUGGAGCACUUGGGCGGUGAGCCCGCCGUGUUUGGCGUCUCCGGAUACUCGGGGGCAGGCACCAAGCCCUCGCCCAAGAAUGACGUCGAGAACCUGACCAACAACCUGAUCCCGUACUCGCUGACCGACCACAUCCACGAGCGGGAGAUCAGCACGCAGCUCGGCCACAGCGUGGCCUUCACCCCACACGUGGCAGUCUGGUUCCAGGGCAUCCACCACACCAUUAACAUCCCGCUGAACAAGACCAUGACGUCCCGGGACAUCCGCCAGCUGUACCAGGAGAGGUAUGCUGGCGAGAAGCUGGUCAAGGUGGUGGGCGAGGCGCCGCUGGUCAAGGCGAUCAGCGGAAAGCACGGUGUCGAGAUCGGCGGGUUCGCGGUGCACAGCUCGGGCAAGAGGGUGGUUGUCUGUGCGACCAUUGAUAACCUGUUGAAGGGGGCUGCGACGCAGUGUCUGCAGAACAUGAACCUGGCACUGGGCUAUGCCGAGUACGAAGGAAUCCCACUAUAG